AGUCCAUGUGUUCAUGAUGAAGCGUCUGGUUUAUCACUGGUUGGGCUGCCUGCUGUCCAGGCUCUGCUGUAUCACUGCCAGUUCUAUGAGCGCGUGGCUCAUAUGGCAAAGCAGUGCUAUCUUGGAAGAUACAUGUUCGAUUUGAAUUUUCCAAAACCUACUGGCAUCAAUUUUCCCAACGGCAAUUUAGAAGACAUUGACUCAUUGAAAUAUUGGAGAACAUCAUCUGGUCUGUCAAAUCACAGUCACUUAUCAAGUUUUCCAUCAACGUCAAGUACUUUGAUUUUCCCAUCACCACCUUUAUCAGGUAGUACACCUGAUUUCCAGGGGCUGUUGCAGAAUUCAGCUGUGUCUCCUAUUCUUAUUCCUGAAUCUCCGAGUAAUAGGCUAACAGCCCAAG